AUGUCUAGUGCGGAUCUCGGAAUAUUCCGCAUUGGCAACAACUCUAUAAACAUGGGCUUCUCAUUCGCAAAACUCUUCCAAAGCAAAUCUGCUGCCUCCUCUACAAAGGGCGAUUCUACACCUUCAUCAAGUAAUGGCUCUCCCGUCAACUCCAGAGCUGCCUCCGUUAUUAACGAGUCCGUACCAUCUUGUCCCAACGAAAAGUAUCUCCACGAUCCUAUGCGCCAUAACAAGCGUCCCGACUAUAUUGGUGGUUUUAUUGAUCCCAUGGGUGGCCGAAGUCAUUACUCCCAAGGCGUUGAUGUGACCAACACUGGCGCAUAA